GCGGAAGUAAAUAAUCGCCAUGGAAUAGUAACUAUUGAGAGGAUACGAAGUAGCAACUAAAACGUGGAUGCUACUUUUUUUUUUUAAACGAAUUAAAAUCAGUUACAGACUUAUGAGUUAGUAAGUUCAGCGUUUAGAGGCAACAGACCAGCUUCGUCUGCAGCAAGAGAAUACAUACAUUACCAGAGUCGGGGGGUCGUGCAGCACGUUUGGGGCCUGGAAAGACGUAUGCUAACUCAGCUAAGCUAACCAGCGUUAUCGCGGCAGCUCGGCCAACGUCGCUUUUAGCAUCACAGCCUGGCCAAAGACUACUGAAGUGGCUGGUUUCAUCAGCUAAUGUCGGCUGUCCUUUUAUCCAGAUAAAUAGCAUCAGCCGAGCUAGCUUUAACUGUGGCCGUGGUGGAGGAGAAGAACGGCUGGAUCUAAGAUGAUCAUUGAAAACCUCGAUGCCUUGAAAACAUGGCUGUCUGAAACCCUCGAGCCCAUUUGUGAUGCAGACCCUUCUGCCCUCGCCAAGUAUGUUGUUGCUUUGGUGAAGAAAGACAAAACUGAAAAGGAACUUAAAGCCCUUUGUAUAGACCAGUUGGAUGUAUUUCUUCAGAAAGAGACCCAGCAAUUUGUUGAUAAGCUGUUCGAAGCUAUUAACAACAAAGGUUACCUCCCACAGCCGGAGCAGCCAUCCUCUCUGAUCAAACUAGAGAAAGAAGAGCAGAAGAAAGAUGAGACAAAUCGGGAAGACGAACGGGACAAGAAAUUUUCUCGGCGAGUGAAUCACAGCCCUCCCCCAUCAAGUUCACGGUACAGUAGAGAUAUAAGGAGAGGCGAUGACCGUAAGAGAGACGAUCGCUCCAGGAAGAGGGAUUAUGAUCGCAACCCACCCAGGAGAGACUCCUACCGUGAUCGCUACAAUCGCAGAAGAGGUCGCAGCCGCACUUACAGUCGUAGCCGCAGCCGUAGCCGGAGUUGGAGCAAAGACCGUAUCCGAGACCGUGACAGAGAGCGAGACCGGGAUAGAGACAGAGACAGGGACAGAGAUAGAGAUCGAGAACGCAGCAGAAGCAGGUCCCUCAGCAGAACUCGAUCUAGAAGCAGAAGUAGAGAGAGGGAUUCUGGAAAGCUGAAGUAUGAUCAUGAUCGAAUGGACAGGUCAGAGAGCGGUGAUGGCUACAACCCAGCAGCCCUCGUCUCCACAGCAGCCACUUCACACUUCCCCGUCCCAACACUGAGCAGCACCAUUACCGUUAUCGCUCCCACUCAUCAUCACAGCAACAACACCACUGAGAGCUGGUCGGACUUCCGCCCUGAGCACCCUGUGGACCGAGUCCCUUUUAACAGACCACCCCCUCAGAGGAAGCGAUGCCGUGACUAUGACGAAAAGGGCUUUUGCAUGCGAGGUGACAUGUGUCCUUUCGAUCAUGGAAGUGACCCAGUUGUCGUGGAAGAUGUCAAUUUGCCCAGUAUAUUGCCCUUCCAACCUCCACCAAUCCCAGGUGUGGAGCCACCACAGCCACCCCCAGGCCUCCCGCCUCCUCCACCUCUCAUGAACCCCCCACCUGUGAACCUUCGGCCCCCUGUGCCCCCACCAGGUUCCCUCCCACCCAGCCUUCCACCAGUUGCAGGUCCCCCUCCUCCACUUCCUCCAUUGCAACCGGCAGGCAUGGAUGCUCCUCCCAACUCCAUCACCAGCUCUGUUCCCACCAUUGUCACCUCUGGGAUGCGCUCCUCACUCCCCCAGGCCUCGGCGCCACUCUUCACCUCUGACCACUAUGAGUCAGAUGUGUACAAUCCUGAGGCUCCCAGCAUCACCAAUACUUCGAGGCCAAUCUAUCGCCACCGGGUCAAUGCCCAGAGACCCAACCUGAUUGGACUCACAAUGGGGGAUAUCGACCAGCCGCAUAGAGAAAAGAUUCCUAACAACAAUAUGAGGAUUGUCAUGGAAUCUGAAUCGAGGAAGAGGCCUGGUAUCCCCCAUGACUUAGGUCUGCCCCCCAAGAAACCCUGGUUUGACAAACCCAACUUUAACAAACCCAACCACCAGGGCUUCCACAAAAGACCUCAGUUCUCCCUGAACGCCAAGCUGCUUGUUCGGCAAAUUCCCCCCGAGCUUAACAACAUCAGCAAACUCAAUGAACAUUUCAGCAAGUUUGGCACUAUCGUCAACCUGCAGGUGGCCUUCCAGAAUGACCCAGAAGGUGCCCUGAUCCAGUUUGCCUCUCCAGACGAGGCCAAGCGGGCUAUGCAAAGCACAGAGGCUGUGCUCAACAACCGUUUCAUCAGGGUACACUGGUUUCGGGAUGAUGGGAGUGAUGGUCAGGGCCAGUCCCACAUGCAGCAGCAGCCUCAGUCACAGCCAGCCAUGCAGCCUUCAGCUACAUCUCUGAAGCAGUCUGUCAAAGAUCGCCUCGGACCCAUGCUCCCUACAAACUCUGAGCCUUCCCAGGAUUCCAGUGUAGCCACACAGAAUCCUUCUAAACUGUCAGUGAAGGACCGCUUAGGUUUCUCUGCCAAACCGGCAGCUCCUGUUGAAAAAGUAUUUUCCACGUCAAUGGGCCUCACAAAGACUGUAUACAAUCCUGCUGCUCUGAAGGCAGCCCAGCGGACCUCAGAGGAAGCCCUGAAGAAAAAACAGGAAGCCCUGAAACUACAGCAGGACGUGAGAAAGAAGAAGCAGGAAAUAUUGGAAAAGCACAUCGAGACACAGAAGUUGCUGAUAUCCAAACUUGAGAAGAACAAAGCAAUGAAGGCAGAAGAUAAAGCCAAGAUCAUGGAAACUUUAGGCACCUUGACCAAGAGCAUCACCAAACUGCAAGAGGAGAUAAAGGGAAUCUCAAGCAGCAGCAACCCGCUCCGAACAGCCAAAAGCAAGGCUCAGGCCCAGAAAGAACUGCUGGAUGCAGAGCUGGACCUGUAUAAGAAGAGCCAGGCUGGAGAGGACACUGCUAUGUUAAAGAUCAAAUACACCCAGCUGCAAAUUGAGGCGGCUAAAAGGGGACUCCUGUCACCUGGACGAGGCCGGGGCGUGCUCGCUCGAGGCCGCGGUGCCGUCAGGGCUCGCGGAAGGGGAACCAGGGGACGGGGAAGAGGUGUACCUCUGCAUGCAGUCGUGGACCAUCGACCACGAGCGCUGGAGAUUUCUGGUUACGCUGACACAGACCGUGUCGACUUGCUGCCACACUUUGCUCAAUUUGGAGAGAUCGAAGAUUGCCAGAUUGAUGAAAGCAACCUGUCUGUGGUCAUCACUUACAAGACAAGAGCGGAGGCUGAACAGGCGGCUCUUCACGGAGCGAGAUUCAACAACCAGACUUUACGCCUGGCCUGGCAUAAGCCAGCCACGGCUCUCAGUACUGCGGAUGCUGAUGAGGCAGAACCAGAGGAGGAUGAGUACCCAGAAGAGUCGCUGUAUGACGAUGCAUUGCUACAGGAUGAUGACGAGGAAGAAGACGACAACGAGCCUCGUUCCUGGCGCAGAUGAAGCUCAGUCAGACGCUCUCCGCCUGGUUUCAUUGGUGUGAAGGAGAAGCAACAAUCCAGCAACUUUAUAACGUUUAGAUGCCUGUUUAUUGGCAGAUUUCACUUUGGCUAGACUUUUUUCCCCCCCUAACACAUAUGUAACUGGCAGAAGAACCAUGUGUGAGUUUGAUUAUUUUAAUGUGUAAACCAGAUGCAACAAUGUUGAAUUUUUUUAAUGCUCUUAAUGUAGAAAUGGAUUUUUUUUUUCUUCUUCUUUUUUCGGUCACAAAAUGCAAAUACUUUGUCUGGACGUGUGACGGUCGCUCACUUAAAGACACAUUUGAUGAACUCUCAGUUUAAAAAAACAAACCUGUGUUGUAAUUUAACUGAAUGACAGACCAUAGCUUUUGCAGAAUAUAAUUAGACUGACUGGUUUAAAUGCUUUUUGUGUAAAUAUUUUAUGUAUGGAUUUAAGUGAUUUGUAUGAAAGCUUGGCUUCUCAGUUUUUGGCUUUACUUUGAAUUGUACAAAAAAUAAAGAAUUGAAAUGGUCUCAAAACAUCCUGCCUAACCAAAAAAAAAAAAGAAAAAAAGAAGAAAAAAAAGAAAAGAAAAAAUUACCAAAAAAA